UGCGCUCUGUCUCUCUGUCUCCCCAAAAUAAAUAAAUAUUAAAAAAAAUGUUGACAACUGCCUGGUUGCCUUCCCAGGUGUUGUGUUGUAAGCCCUCCCACCGUGGGAGCCCACAGAAGAGUACACGCUGCCCACGGGGGAUGUGUACCGUCUCUCACUGGGGAGACAGGGCAUCUCUGUGUCCUUCACAUCCUUUGAUUAACAGUGAGGCCGAGCACCUCUCAUACCUUCAUUAGCCAAUCGUGUAUCGCAUCCCUUUUGCUAUGAAUUGUUGUUAUUUGGUUUUUUUUUUUUUUUAGCCUUUGCUUAUUUUUUUCAAUCGGGCUGUUCGUUUCCCUCACCAAUUUAUAGAAAUUCUUACACACAUCACAGAUAUGAAUCCCUUGUGUGUUAUACACACCAUGCAUAUAUUUGGCUUGUGGCUUUAUUGCCAUGGCACAUCUGGCUGGUAAGCUGCUGGUUUCGGGAUGGAGGGACCGGACAGAGAGAAGGCAGGCAAAGUAAAGAGAAACACAGAUGAGUGAUGGAGAGAGGGAGUCUGUCUUCAGUUACCUCUGUGGGGUGAGGGCAGCGAUGCGUGGAGGAAAAACAUGAUUAGGAGAAAACCGGAUUAAUGGUCGUUCCUUACUAACUGCGAUUUUGGACAAAUUGACUUCUUUGAGGCUCAGUUUCUUCUACAACAGAGGGGAUUCAAUGACACUUACUUUAUAUAGGGUUGCUGUGCGGAAUGAAUGAGUACAUUCGUGUCAAGGACUCGCUUCAGGGUCUGGCCCUCAGUGUUUGAGCAAUAAAGCUUAUAGUGUGAAUGCAAUAAAAGGAGAUACACAGAUACCUUCUGACAUUUCAAAGGGCCAUGAACACAUAAGCUGAUGUUACUUUGCCAGGUUAUUAUCCCUUUCUCAAAAUGUACCGGAAGUCUGUGAAAUAUUCCAGAACUCUCUUCACUUAGAGUUGGGAGACUGGAAGGCUCCUGAGUGUCAGGACACCUCCCACAUUCCCUGAUUGGUAAAUGAGGACGUUGGGGCUGGAGGUGAGGACAAGGCAAACUCAGGGUAGGGAGACUCCCUCACCGGUGGGGAGAAAGACAGGAGUUGUCUCCACCAUGGCCGGAACAAAGGCACUUCUGACGCUGGAGAACUUCAUUAAUGGAAAGUUUGUACCUUGUAGCUCAUAUAUCGAUUCUUAUGAUCCGUCCACGGGGGAAGUAUACUGCAGGGUGCCAGACAGUGGAAACGAAGAGAUCGAAGCCGCAGUGGAGGCCGCCAGGGCAGCGUUUCCCGGCUGGUCGGCCAGGAGCCCCCAGGAGCGCUCACAGGUGCUGCACCGGCUGGCGGAUCUGCUCGAGAAAUCCCUGGAGGACUUGGCCCAGGCGGAAUCCAGAGACCAAGGGAAAACCAUAACGUUGGCAAGAACCAUGGACAUCCCCCGGUCUGUGCAGAACUUCCGGUUCUUCGCCUCCUCCAUCCUGCACCACACUUCAGAGUGCACACACAUGGACCACGAAGGCUGUCUGCACUACACCCUGCGGGCCCCCGUGGGGAUCGCUGGUCUGAUCAGCCCCUGGAAUUUGCCACUCUACUUGCUGACCUGGAAGGUGGCUCCGGCCAUUGCUGCCGGCAACACCGUCAUAGCCAAGCCCAGCGAGCUGACGUCAGUGACGGCCUGGAUGAUGUGCAAACUCCUGGAGACAGCAGGUGUUCCACCAGGUGUGGUAAAUAUUGUGUUUGGAACGGGGCCCAAGGUAGGCGAGGCCCUGGUGUCCCAUCCAGAGGUACCCCUGAUUUCCUUCACGGGGAGCCAGCCCACCGCCGAGCGGAUCGCUCAGCUGAGUGCUCCCCAUUGCAAGAAGCUGUCCCUGGAGCUUGGGGGCAAGAACCCCGCCAUCAUCUUUGAGGAUGCCAACCUGGAGGAGUGCAUUCCCACGACCGUCAGGUCCAGCUUUGCCAACCAGGGUGAAAUCUGCCUCUGUACCAGCAGAAUCUUUGUCCAGAAGAGCAUCUAUAGUGAAUUUUUGAAGAAGUUUGUAGCAGCUACCAGAAUGUGGAAAGUUGGCAUUCCCUCCGAUCCAUCGGCCAGCAUAGGAGCUCUGAUAAGUAAAGCUCAUUUGGAAAAAGGAAGCACACCAAAGAUGUUAUUCCCAUUACCCCACCACGUAUCGACCUGCUGCUGUCUAUGGAGUCUCUCUUGUUUGUGGUCCCCCCUUCCUCGUGUAGAGCGCCCCUCGGGUGGACUUACGUUUCCUCCCCUUGUGAAGCCUUAGGGCAAUCCUGCGGGGGCUCAGAGGGUUCCUGGAUGUCUGCCAUCGUCGCUGCGCCACAUGGAGCAAGUGUGCCCAGAUGCAAGGAAUCACAGCGUCCCUCUCUGACUCUCCCACCAGGUGGACCCCUGACGGGUGCUUUCAGAUCACUUCUUGUGCGAAGGCCCUGGGUACCUCUGCCCUUGACGGGGAGCUCAUGGGAGCAGCUAGGGAAGUGUAAAUGUGGCCUUUCCGGUGGGACUCUUUUCAGUCCAGUAUGCCAAACCCUCCGGGGCGGAGGAGGCAGCGGACACGUUCCACUGGUGGGCAUCUUUCCUCGCCUGUCACUGGAAAGCUUGGGGGGCUGCGUGCUAAGGAGGGUCUAGCUGCCCUCUUUGUUUUCUUCUGCAGUUUGUCUAUAUCUUCUCCGAAUCAAAUUAGCCCUGCAGCGCCUGGGGUCUUUGUCCCCUGCAAAUUAGCCCUGCAGCGUCUGUGCCCAUCUUACUUCUAUGUGGCUGUCGCGAUAGGUGGCGAUUCAGGGACAGAAGAAUCCCAUUAGAAUAUGUCGAGGUUGUCCUGUAAUGGCAAAGGACUCAGAACCCACAGAGACACAGCAUGCUCCUAAGAGGACCUGUGACUUUUCAGGUUCCCAGAGACCCAGGGGAUGCAUAGGUAGCUGCAGGCGACUCUGUCCUCCAGGAGUGAAGAAAAGGCUCUUCACCUAUUGCACGGCGUUGCUGUUUGUUUUCACUUUUGUUUUUCUUUUUACCCCCUUGAUUUCUUUUCCACUUGACUGUCUGGAGAAUCUGGCUGUAUGCCAGCCUCCCCAAAGAUGCGGGUAAUUGGAGACGGAAUUGUUGAGUGUUGACAGUGAGGCUGGGGGAAGCGCAGGGGAUCCUGGCUGGUGCAUCCCCCGACAGGGCCAGGCUUCAGGCCUAACAAAGGUCCACUUUGGCAGUUUCCUGUCUUCUUUUGUCAGGUUAAAAAAACCCGACCUGCAGGGUGGGAGCAUCUCUGAAGUCUCCUAGCCAGUAAGCAUCAGAUCGUGUGUUACACCAUCUCCUUCUUCACCAACAGCACCGAGAGCAGCUGGCAUCCAUAAGACUUACUGUGUACCGGGCGUCACGCUAAAUAUUUCACAUGCAUGAUUUUCUCGAAUCCUAGGAAUGGGUGGGAAUGUUAAUCCUAUUUUUCAGAGGGGAAACUGAGGCACAGAGCAUUUGAAAUCUCUCCGAGAGUAAGUGGAGGCCCUGGGAUUUGAACGCUUGGGCUCCCCAGCACUCCCAUCUGCCCUCUGUGCUCUGAUUUACGUGCAAAGCUACGAAGUAAUAACUACUCUCUGUUCUCAAAAAAGUUUCGUAAUAAUAGUCUAUUACAUUUUAUGGCAUAUUACCAGUCACAAUGUUGUUUUCUUUUUUCAGAUUUUACUGAAAAUCUCAGUUCCUGAGCUUCUAGUAUAGAUAGUCUAUCAUCCAGUGAUACUUUCCCCAGAAAAUAAAUUCAGUUUAGUGUGAGUCAUCUUAUACAUUAAAUAUCUUGAAAAGUUCACAGUUUGAAAACCGACGCUUUCACGUUUUAGAGCCAAGAACCUCUAAGAGAUAGAUAAUCAUGAAAUUCUGGGUAGAGGAGACAAUCUAAAGCCAGAACGCUCUGAGUUUGAAUCACAGAAGAAAGUUCUGGUCCUGUGACCAGCAGGGGCCCCUGGGGACCUUUGCCUCAACUUCUCCUGUUCACGCAGGAUGCGACCUUUGACAUGUUUUAGUUAAUCUGGGUGGGUUGCUUCAAGAGGAGUAAGAGAAUACGGGAAGGAGGAAGGAGAAGUCCAGACCUCAUUUGGUCUCCACCCGCAAACUAGACUAGGGCUUUUCAGGAAGAACACUGAGAUCCCUGCACGGGUUGGGGGGGAACGGUGUAGCAGCUUGGAAUGCAGAGCUGUUCCAAAUGUUCUAUUUUUUGGAAGUGUUUGACUUCAUGGCUUAUUAAGUGUUCCAUAAACUAGAGCGAAACGAAUCAUAGAACAACAUUACCUUUUUAUUUUUACAGAGCGAACACAUAGCUCCACGUUGAAUACAGUUCUACGAUGAAAUAUUAAUCGGAUACUGGGGCAGAAUGCUCAGAUAGAUAGGUGAUAAGUAAGAAGCCGAAGUAUGAUUUCAACGUACCCAGCCUUUGAUGGACCGCCUCACUGCUGUUCUACGCUUUUAAUUUGGGGGAUUACUUUUCUAUGGCUUCUAUGCUUAUCAUACCCUUCAGGGGCAGGAUAAUGUUGUGACCGCAACAACCCUUCCAGACAUAACCAUACGUAUCAUUUUAUAAUGAGUCAUUUCUACAACCAUUAUUAGUAAACAUCUGUCAUUGUCCCCGAGUCACUGGGUUUACUUAUUACAUAAUUUAUUUCCCAUUAUAGUUAGCUAUACUUUAUUGCCUAGAUAUAUUUUUAGAAUAUAAUUGGUAAUGAGACUAGAAGUUAGAAAUUAUUUGUUCUGGAAGCCUAGCUAUCUUGGCCAUUAAUGAAAUCUUAUACACCCUUCAACUUCCCAUAUUCUGCAAUGGACACAGUCCCUCCCAAAAGUGAGCAACUAUUCUUUUGUGUAUUUAACUACCGAUUAUAGCGGAGUGUGGAUUCUGGCUUUCCUGUUUAUUCGUUGUAUGGACCAUCUACCCUUUUUGACACUCAAUUUUGUCAGCAAAGAGGGGAUAAUAAUACAUAGCUAAUAGAGUUUUGAGAGAAUUAAGUGAGAAUGUCUGAAAAGCGUUUAUCCAUGUGCCCAGCACGUAGACAUUAAAUAAAUGACUCCUCUCCUCUAACGUAUGGGGUUGGAUGCCCAAAUGAUGGUCAGAGCACUUCUGCCCUCAGGCUUAGCAGCUGAGCAAUACGGUAGUCAACUUUGGAGUUCUUUUUUUUAAAAAUUUUUUAUACA